GAGCGCACUCUAUCCCCUCGGCAAUGGCCACCGUCACGCCCCUAACCGCCUCCCCGCUCCGCGGCCACCUCCUCCACCACCGCCGCCGCGGCCGCCUCCACGCCAGGCACCAACCCCAGCCACAGCGCUGCUUAUCGGGCACCGGGCGGCUCUACUGCGUUCCGGACGGAGGCGGCGGCGAGGUCUCCGCCGCUCCCGCUCCACCAGCCGCCGAGGAGCAAGCGCCGGAAGAGCAGCCGCAUGACUUCAACCUCCUCGCUGCCAACCGCAGCGACUUCAACGAUAUCAUCAUGGUCAUUGACUCGCCCGCCGCGCGAUACCUCGUCCUGGACCAUAACAAGAAUGUCCACAGCAUUCUCCCCAAGACCACUGUUUGGACAAACUCCUACUGGGAUGAGUUUGUGAGCCUGCCGCCGGUUGUUCCACUCGGUCCUGUUGCACUCCUAGGUUUGGGUGCUGGGACUGCAGCACAUCUGAUGCUAAAGUUUUGGCCUUGGUUACAACUUGUUGGCUGGGAGAUUGAUCCUAUGAUAGUUGAAUUGUCAAGGCAAUAUUUUGGUAUGUCUGAUUUAGAGAAGCCCACAGAAUCUGGUGGUUCGCUUUCUGUGCGCAUUGGUGAUGCACUUUCUCCAUCAGCUACAGUUGAAGGAGGAUUUGCUGGAAUUGUUGUAGAUUUGUUUUGUGAUGGAAAGAUCAUUCCUCAGCUGCAAGAAGUUGAAACUUGGUUGCAAAUUGCAAAAAAGCUAAUGCCCGGUGGUCGAAUUAUGGUUAAUUGUGGUGGAGCAGAUGUUGAAGAAUCUCUUUCAUCAUCCUGGGUUCAAAACCCUACAAUUAAAGCACUAUGUUCUGCAUUCCCCAGGCAGCUAAACUGGAAGAGGCUAUCGGAGAAAGAGAGUGUAAACUAUGUGGCACUGACGGGUCCUCUUCCAGACUUGGAUGAGUGGUCUGCCUCAGUUCCUAGCGAGCUAAGCACGAAAGUGAAACAAUGGGUGCCUUGCGAGCUUGCGUGAUGCCGGGCAUUUUCUUUUGUUCUAGUUGCACCUAAUUUGCUUCAGCAACUUGUCCAUGACCUCUGUGGCUCUCUCCAUGCUCCUUUAAUUUCUGGUGUAUUUAUGGCGUCAUCUGCAUCUGAAGCAAAUGCUGAAUCCAGAUGCUCUAUGGGGAUACCAGUGGAACAGGUAAGUACGGACUCAAGGCAAUUGUUUAGAGAAUCUGUAUAGUACUUAUCUCAGGGCAAUUGUCGAGAGAAGGCAUGCCAGGACAAAUUUUGCAGCAGAAGAUUGUACAUUGGAGCCCACACUGCAGGACAAUUUUGUCAUUAGCAUUCAUGCGUGCCUUUGUUGUGUGGCAAAGUGACAAUUUUCAUUUGUGUGAACAGCUGUCCAGUAGCAUUCACUGACAAUGACUGUCCGUUAGCAUCAACACUGAUGGCUACAUGUUAUUGGUUCUCUGAUGUUGCUGUGGAUGAGCUGAACCAAAAUUUGCCAUAUAUACAUGUACUGAUGUACCCAGCGUUCAUCA